GCAAUUUCGAUCGAGCCCUCGGAUGAGGGCAUCUCGUGCUCGGGCUUUGCGGUCGUCGGUCGGUAUAAAAGACCAGCAGAGCGCAAUCCUUAUACAUUUCCACCUCUUUGUCUCUGGACGCUGUUGGUACUUACCCCUGCUUUCCCCCGCCGCCCAUCUUCGAGGUCAUGCGCGUCGUCGCCCUCAGCGCUCUCUUCGCUUCGUCUCUGCUCGGCGUCGGCGCCCUACCAAGCGCAUCGGGAUGCAGUGCAGAAGGGAUAUGGUGCUGCAAUGAGAACGCAAUCAGGACCGACAUCUCUGGCUUGAUUGGGAAAGGCUGUACCCAAACCUCGAUAAUCGGGAUCGGCGGCACCAGGUGUCAAGGGCAGACUGUCUGCUGCGACAAGACCGACCAGAAUGGCAUCUUAAAUGCCGGCUGCAAGCCUACGAUCUUGGGAGUGUAAACAUCCGAGCUCACUGGGUCGAGAUAUGUUGUACGCUGAUUCGUAUCCAGCCCGGAGUGCACUUACAGCGAGUCCGAUCUAUGUCUUUUUUCAAUAAUAUAUCUGACCGCCAGACAAAGCAAUGCAUGCCAUCUCAACCGCC